AUGUGCAACACUGAUCAUGACCCUAACAAGGGGAAAGAGAAAGUGAAUGAAGAACCAAUAGUCACUUUCAAGACUAUAGGGAUUCAGAACAAUGAGAACAAGCGAAAGGCGAUCGUUCUAGUUGAAUCUGAAACAAACAAUUUAAAAAGUCCUACAAAUGCUGAUGCUGGUGAAGAAUCAUCUAAUUCAUCAAAAGAAAUUUCCCCAUUUCUUCUUUUUGGAUUCAUUAUUGAUCCUAAUAAGAGAAUUAGACAUGGUUACUCAUGCAAUUUUUGUAGCCGAAAAUUCAUUAAUCCACAAGCAUUAGGUGGUCAUCAAAAUUGCCACAAAUUGGAGAGAAGACUCAAAAAAAGGGCUGAAGAUAUUAACAAAAAUUGGAUAAAUUACUUAAAUGGUACUCAACGGAUGGUAAGUCAGAACACCAUCAUUCCAUACCAUGGCGGGUAUGGAUAUCCAUAUAAUGGUUAUGACAAUAUGAUUCAGCUUUCAGCAUCAUCAAAUUUUCAUGCAGGAAAUUUGCUUGAAGUUAUCAAUGAGGCUGACCAAGGCAUUAUGAACCCACAAAUUACUAUGCCUGGAGGUGCUGAUGGUGAUAAUCAAGAAGACAAAGAUAAUCAAGAGGAGGAAGAAUCGAAGAUUGAUUUGACCCUUAAGCUUUGA